CCAGAAACAAUUUUAUUGUUUAUUAUUAAUUAAUUAUUAAUCAAUUUUUGCAGAUAAUAAUAACAAAAAAUACAAAGAGGGAUUACACCUUCAACUCGAAGAAAUCCAAAAAAGGUCAAAUAAAGACUUCGAUCAACAAAACCUUUUCAGAUCAUCAAUCGGUUUCAAUCAAAAGCCAUAUUUUUCGAUUUCGUUUUCAUCCGUAUGUACUCUGUAACUGAUCUGAAUCGUUUAAAGAUUUGUGGGGGGCUAUCAUCUUGUUUCUGCAGUUUAUGAGAUAUUGAAUUAUACUGGGGGUCAACUUGACCAUUCUUUUGUGGCUAGUUGUUGGUGAUUUAGAAACUUAAUUAUUCAUAGAUGUGGUCUUUAAAUAUCCUCUUAAACAAAUUACUGAACGGAGGAGGGUAUAAUGACCAAGAACAAGUAGAUGGUAAGAGUUUGGUUCAAUCAUACAACUACCCGAGAAAUGAUAAAAGCACGAAGGAAGUGUUGGUACAAUCACGCUUCAUCAAUGUCCCGCAUAUAAAACAAGAACGAAUGUGGGAUUGUGGCCUUGUUUGCGUUUUGAUGGUUUUAAAAACGCUUAAUAUUAACCAUUAUGAUAUUGAAGAUUUGGAGGCUUUUUGCGGUACAGACAGUAUUUGGACUGUGGAUCUGGCAUAUUUACUGCAGAAAUUAUCUAUUAGCUUCUCUUACAUCACUAUAACUUUAGGUGCUAAUCCUAAUUAUUCUCUGGAGACAUUUUAUGAGAAACAAUUGACUGAUGAUAUAGUAAGGGUCAAUACGUUGUUCAAGAGAUCAAAGGAAGCCGGGAUAGAUAUUGAGUGCAGGUCAAUAAAGGAAGAUGAGCUUGCAGUAUUGAUUCUAUCAGGAAAGUGUUUAGUGAUUGCUUUAGUUGACCAGUACAUUUUGAGUCGGCCUUGGACGGAGGAUGUUUAUGUGCCGGAUUUCUAUAGUGGUUCCUCUGGUUAUACCGGUCACUAUAUUGUGAUAUGUGGCUAUGAUGCUCUUACAGAUGAAUUUGAGAUCCGAGAUCCCGCCAGUUCAAGGAUUCGAGAAACAAUCUCGUCAAGAUGCUUGGAAAAAGCUCGCAAAUCAUUUGGAACAGAUGAAGAUAUCCUCUUGAUACAUCUGGAGAAUACAGAUACUUGAAAACACAGCCUGGUUAAAAUUGACCUGGUUUUAUAUUUAAAUCUAAAUAGUUUUUAACGAUAUUUGGUUACAUAUUUAAAUCUAAAUAUUUUUUAACGAUAUUUGGUUAUAUUAACAUCCUCAACUUGUUGUCUUGGUCAAAGCUUAAAAAAAAUUCAUGUCUUUUUUUUAA